AUGGCCACAUCAAGUCCUACUAAUACUCUGGCAAUAGAUGACACCAAGUCUCCCCAAUUCCAAAGUUACUUAAACAACGAUGGUAUUGACGAAUUAACUCCGGCUGCUAGGAAACACAGAGUGUCCUCACUUUCCUUGAGUGACUUGAAUCAAUGGCAAAAUAGCUUGAAUAAAUUAAGCUCUUCAACUUCUUUGAAUAAGUCGUCGCAAACGAAUUUGAAGAAAGUGGAUUCUUUAGCAAAAUUAUCUCGGAAUUCACUGAUUAUCCGUAGAAAGAGGAAAACAGUGAUAGACCAUCCCCGUGUUGCCUCCUACGCCUUCUGCUUUGAUAUCGAUGGUGUUAUCUUAAGAGGUCCAAACACCAUUCCGGAAGCUGUUGAAGCACUUCGUUUGUUAAAUGGUGCCAAUAAGUACAAUAUUACAGUGCCUUCUAUUUUUGUCACCAACGGAGGAGGUAAACCUGAAUCGGCACGUGCUACAGAUUUGUCUGCCCGUUUGGAAACAACUAUCACUACUGACCAAAUCAUUCAAGGUCAUACACCUAUGAAAGACUUGGUUGGUAUAUAUGAGAAUGUCCUUGUUGUUGGUGGUGUUGGAAAUGUCUGCCGCAAUGUUGCUGAGUCUUACGGAUUUAAGAAUGUGUAUACCCCAUUUGAUAUUUUAAAAUGGAAUCCAGCAGUUACUCCCUACCAUGACAUGACCGAGGCAGAAUUAGCUUGUGCCAAGGAUGUUGAUUUCUCUAAAGUAGCUAUUGAUGCUAUUUUAGUGUUUGCUGAUUCAAGAAAUUGGGCUGCAGAUCAGCAAAUCAUCUUGGAAUUAUUACUUUCCAAAAAUGGUGUAAUGGGUACAUCUAGUGCUACUUAUAAUGAAGGUCCCCAACUUUAUUUUGCACACUCGGAUUUCAUUUGGGCUACCAAUUACAAGUUGAGUAGAUAUGGAAUGGGUGCAUUGCAGGUAUCAAUUGCUGCUUUGUAUAGAGAACACACAGGUACGGAGUUAAAGGUGAACAGAUUUGGUAAGCCACAAAAGGGUACCUUUAUUUUCGCCAAUAAAGUACUUAGCAAAUGGAGAAAAGGUGUAUUGGAUGAGCAUUUGAAGAAAAUGCCUGUGGAUGCACCCAAUGCCUUAGAAGAAGCUGACAUUUUGAUUAACGAAGAUGGUGAUGAGGUCGUCAAUCAAAGCAAGUUAGAGAAGUAUGAAGCACAUGAUUCUGAAGAAGUUAGUGAUGAAGAUGAACAACUUUUCACUGUUGGAAGAAAUCAAAAGGUUAAGUUAGAAUUACCUCCUUGUUCCACCGUGUAUUUUGUUGGAGAUACCCCAGAAUCCGACAUCAGAUUUGCCAACUCACACGACGCCUCUUGGCACUCCAUUUUAGUUAAAACCGGGGUAUAUCAAGAUGGUACUGUCCCAAAGUAUACACCUAAGCAUACUUGUGAAAAUGUUUUAGAAGCUGUCAAAUAUGCAAUUGAAAGAGAGCAUGCUAUGGAGUUGGCUGAGUGGAAUGAAACUGCGGAAGACGACGUUGACGCUUCAAAUCUUUCACGUUCUUCAUCUGCGUUCAAGAUCAACUUUGAAGAAUUCUUAAUGACACCUUCCGCUGGUACUCCUCCUCCAGCUUCUGUAACAGAUUCUUCUGCUGGUGGCAUGUCGUUGGGUCUUAAGAAUGCUCAAGCCAGUGCUUCAUCAUUAGGAACAAAAAUCGAUUACCCAACUCCAGUUCAUGAAAUUGAGCAAUUUGACUUACCUGAUGGUUUGAACGAGGCCAUUAAGAAGGUUAAAGAUGUUAAAAUCAAUGGCUCUUGA